AUGGACAAGAUAGCCAGAGUUGUCGACAAUCUACCUGGCGCUGUUCCAAUCUCAAAGCUUCCAUCACAUGUUAAUUCAGAUUCUGUGGCAUCAGAGUCCAUUGCGCACCUGCAGGCUCUCACAGCGGCUGAUUUUACGGACGAUGCCCUUUGGAAAGACACGUUUGUCUUCACAGGUACUGUGAGAACUUUCCAUUCACCAUUAGACAUCGAAUCAGCUUGGAAUUCCGUUGGCAAGAUUCACAAACCGAGCAACUAUGCUUUAAUUCCAGGGUCUGCUCGGGUUGUUAAAUUGAGCACCUUAUCGUCCUGGGUUGAAGCAAGGUUCACUUUCGAAACCAAUGGGGUACCUAGACAGACAGGUUCGGGAUUUAUAUCCUUAAUCCCCAAUGACAAAGGGGGGUGGAAAAUAUGGCUCUUGAGAACGAUUUUGGAGGGACUCGAUGGACAUCCCAACGUCGAUGUACUGGACCCUGUGGAUCCAUCAGUAGCCAACGGGCAUCAGAACGGAGUUGACGUCCCAAAGCAAUAUGAGUGUGUUAUUGUAGGUGCCGGGCAGGCCGGCCUUGCGGUUGCUGGCCGCCUCAAGGCCUUGGGUGUUCGGUACCUUCUGAUCGAUAAGAAUCCUGCUGUUGGCGACAAUUGGCUAUUAAGAUAUGAGUCUGCGAAGUUACACACUGUGAGAAACUAUGCACAUCUUCCAUUUGAGCGCACGUUUACUCCUGAUUGGAGGGAGUUUUUGACCAAGUGUGACGUAGCAAAAGGCUUCGCAACGUGGUUCAACAAGUAUGGAAUUAAUGCCUGGUUUUCUACGAGCUUCGAGUCCGGAAGCUGGGAUGAUUGCAAGAAAGAAUGGCAUUUGCGUAUCCUUCGUGAAGAGAAGGAAGUUUUGCUCACCACAAAACACCUUGUCCUUGCUGUUGGAGGAGGUGGCCAGAUACCUCGGAUGCCAAAUUUUCCUGGGAGGGAGAAAUUCAAAGGCGCAGUUCUUCAUUCCGUCGAUUACGCGGAUUCUUCUGAGUGGGCUGGAAAACGAGGCGUCGUAAUUGGCGCCGCAAACACAGCCCACGAUGUCGCUGAAGAUAUGGAAGCAGCUGGAAUGGACACUACAAUGGUUCAGCGUCAAGCUACAUAUGUCGUUCCUACAGACUACUAUCUGAAAGUAACUGGAGCUGUCUUUAAUGACCACAUACCCAUUGAGAUAGCUGAUCGAAUACAAUUCAGCAAUCCCAUUGCCAUUGGUCGUCAAAUUGUCGCCUUUCACCUGCAUAAAAUGAUCCGUGCCGACCCAGAGCGUUUUGAUUCUCUUGAACGAGCAGGUUUCUUGCUUGAUCGUUUCGGUGAUAUUACGUAUCAUGUAUGUGAGAGGAAUGGGGGACAUUACAUGGAUGUUGGUGGCUCAGGAAAGAUAUCUAAAGGACUGAUUAAAAUGAAAUCGGAUUCUCUUAUCACUGCCUAUACAGAAGACGGACUUGCUUUUUCUGAUGGAUCCGAACUCAAGGCUGAUGUGAUUGUUUUUACGACUGGCUUCGUUGGAACGAUUCGCGACGACGUCGCGAAAUACCUUGGGAAAGAAAUCGCGAGCCAAGUUGAUGAGUAUUGGGGAUUAGAUCCAGAAGGAGAAAUCCGCGGGGCAUACAAACCCACAGGCCACCCCGGCCUAUGGUAUUCUGGAGGCACACUGGGACAUUCACGGUUCUUCUCUCGGUUUCUAGGCUUACAGAUCAAAGCCUCCCUUGAUGGUACUCCGCUGCCGAUAUUUAAACAGAUUCCUGGGAAGCCAAACCCCCAAGCACGACCGUUGGGUGAGAUAACCAGCCUUUUGGCCGGUGAGUAA